GCUGGAUCAAAUCGUCUUGUCAUGCAGACCGUAAAGCCACUCCGGACUGCGAAGCUGAACGACUCCAUAUGGAAGGAUGUCUCGGAAGAUCUUUUUCGUGAAACUGUCAUCCGCCUUUCUCGAGCCACGAGCGGCGUCCCGGUCGACCCCAAACAUUGGUGGUCAAGCUCGAGAGAUAGACAAUGUCUUCCUUCUUCGACGGAACUUCGCUUGCUCUCUUUUGAAGCCGAAGAAAGACUUGCUACUGACUUUGCAUUCAUUUCAGCCGCUCAAGAAGGGGUAGAAAGCGUGAGUGCCGUAUGUGUUGAAGAGCUUUCUGAGCCUCGAGGCCUUGUCUUUCGUUUUGCAGCAAAUAACGGAGUACGUGAUGAGAUCAGAAAUGGGCUGGAACAAAUUUGCGAUUGCCUGAUGUCUUGUGCAUCGAAUAGUAGGUAUACUAUGAGCUUCGCUGUUACAUUUGUCUCACUUCUCGAAAGAGAUCUCGCUGGCGGACUGCAUCUCAACAACCAGAGCAUUAAUACUCACACUUUUACAUGAGCGUAUCCUCUCGCGGAUGCGGCUGUUCCUUGGAUAUCAACCUUCUCACUGUCGUGGUGCCGUAUCUCCCAGUGCAAGACUCGAUAAAACUCUUGCCCAGAUGCGAGCCAGAGCGUCGACGGCUGUCGCCAAAAAUUUUGUCAAUCGCAUAUCCAAGCUGAAAGGAAGAUUCGAAAAUAGCUUGGGCUUUGUCGGCCCUGAAUCCGCCCGGGCCCUCGAGGAGUGUGUUAGCGAAUGCUUCUCUAUCACCACUUCCAAUGGCCGCGUGUCUUUUCGAACUACAUUGCAAAACGCCGGAUUAAACUCUCAUGAGUGGUUCAAUGAUAAGUUCAUCAUGCAAAUCGACAAGCUCGGAGCAUACUACAGAAUUCCUGAGACUCUGUCAAGAGAAUCCCGUAGAAAGGGGAUAAGGUCACUUUUCUCGAAUAUCAAGCUUGAGUACCUUGACCCAUACGAACCUAGACAGAGCUCCAUAUCACUCACUGGUAAGAAAAUUUACUGCUACGUACAUGCAGAAGUGCAAAUGGUCGUACAUUACAUGAUCACAAGGAGCACGCAACCGCCACGAUUCAUCGGCACGAGCAAAGCUACAUGUUUUCUUUGCCACCUCUUCAUUAACGAGCAAAAGCUUUUCAGCGUAUCAGCAUGGCAUGGCCGUCUAUAUGACCAGUGGACUAUCCCAGAUCUCGCGGAGUACAAUUCCGUCAAUAUCGCUGCGUUAAGGGCCAUCAUACGAGGAGUGCAACAUGAAUGUGUUGAACUUAUAUCCCAGGAGCACCUUUGGCGACCUUACCCUCUCACGAGCAGGCAUCAUCUCCCGGAGCUUCCGGUCUACUCACCCGCAUCAACCAUUACGAAGCUCGAUCCUCCACAAAGUACGAGCAGGAGUAUUCUACCUGCUCCGUCACGAGUUUCACCAGGUGGUGUAGAGUCAGUAUUCAACCAGUCGCCAUCAGCUUCGGAUGCUCCUGCAACUCCCACACAACCGAAGCAUGACCUCGAAUCAAAAGCUGUGCCCGAAUGUGACAACACGACAGCUCCGGUAUCUCAAAUCAAUAGCCUCAGCAAUUUGCGCCAGAGGAAUGACUCAAUUCUGUCAACUCCUUUCCCCAGGAGCUUCAACCUUCAUCCCGGCAAACCUCUGUAUAUUGAGUAUUCGAAUUUCAGGAUAUUAGUGGAGAUACAGUCACCUUGUGAGGGAAUACUCACCCUCAAGGAAGACAGUGAAAUGGAUGCUGGAAGUCAGGAGAUAAAUCUGGAACACCUCAAAGAAAGAUGUGAAACCAGCUUCGAGAAACGAGAUUCUGACUCCUCCGUCGUGCUCCGUUUCCGGAAAGGCAUUGAUGUCGUGUGUUGUGUGGCCCUGGAAUGGAUUUGACAUAGGCAAGAGAAUGUCUCAGAAGUGCAACGGCCCUGAUUGAUACUGCAUUGAUGGCUAUCGCCGAGAUACAGAGGAUCAUGACAACCUUGCUUCCUGGCUUCCCUCUUAUCCCUCCAUUGCCGAUAUCAUCGCGAGAUAUUGUACCGAAUCUGAGAAUGGUGGGGAACAACCUCGAUGGCGACGAUUGCCGGCCAUACGACAUUCUACUACGAUCUGGUGCUGCUGUAUAUUGAAUAUAGAACAAGACGAGACGAGGGGCGUGGUGCUAUUUGAACCCGUGUAAGAGCGCUGGUUAGAUCGAUAGGACUAGGCGUGUAAUACUCAGAGAUGGCAGCUAGCCGUCUACUAAUAUAGAGACUUCUAACACCGAUAA